AUGGACAACGCUUUUGCGGGUUACCAACAAAUGCCAAACGCUUUCAACCAAUACCCGUUCAACCCAAUGCAAAUGCAACCCAACAUGCCGUUCAACCCAUAUCAAAUGCAACAACCCAACAUGUCGUUCAACCCAUAUCAAAUGCAACAACCCAACAUGCCACAAGCACCUCAAACACAAAUCGAGGAACAAGAUGAUGAGAUAGAGGUUGUGCCAAAAACACAACCUAAACCUUCAAAAAAGAAAAAUAAAAAGGGAAAGGGUAAAAAGGAAGAUGCACCGGGCAAACAAAUGCAACAAUGGACAAAAAUUGAGGAAGAGGCGUUGGCGAAAGCAUAUAUUAACUCUUCAACGUCUCCUAUAGUCGAUAAAAUAUUAUUAUUCUUAUAUUAUUAUUGUAACAAUCAACUAAGCGAUUCGUUUUGGCAAGAAACCCUUGAUAUAUUCCACGGGCUUAUGGAACAAGGCGAGUACAGAACCAUUGAUUCUAUCAGCUCGAAGUGGCGCAAGAUGAAUACGUUGAUCAACCGCUUUUGUGGGUUUUAUAACACAACGCGCGCCAACAAACCGAGUGGGUGGAACCACGAAAAUGUUUUCAAUGAAGCGGUGCGUUUAUACGAAAAUGAGAGCAAAGCUCCUUUCCCACAUGUCCGUGCUUGGCUAGUUGUAAAGGAUCACCCAAAAUGGAAGGGAUGUCAAAAUGAGGUUGCACAAGCGAAACGAGCAACGAAACGGUCUAAAUCUUCCGAGUCAGGAAGUUAUAGCGUUGGAGGCUCAACCGGUCGUUGCCAAAUAAAUAUCAACGACGAGCCCGACUAUGAGGAGGAGCCGAUUGAAGAUGGAGAACGUCCCCCAGGAAGGGACAAAAGUAAAAAAAUAGCGGCUGAAAAAAGGAAACAAGCCGCAUCAGGAAGUGGUGGUGGUUCGAGGUUGGAAGGUGUUAUGGUAGAGUUAAAAUCAUUCAAGGAAAUCUUUAACGACAGGCAAACCGAGAAGCGGUGGAUGGCAGAGGAAGCAACGUUGGAACUUGAAGCCAUAAUCGCGAAACAAAGUUCGAUAUUGUUCAUUGAUGUGAAUAUUGAGGAAGGAAAAAGAAUGCUGUAUAAACAAGCUCUAGAUUGUAAUAAGGGCCCUAAUGGUGAUUAA